CGGGCACCGGCCGUGGGAAGAAAGGGGAAAAGCGGAGGAUCGCUGAGCUCCCGGCAGGAAUAGAAAUGGAGAAUCAGGGACCGGUACGAAAGGUUCAAAGGGGACGGAAAAAUUCUCAUCCCGUUCAGCUCGGAGCCAUCCAAGACUUCUCGGUUGCACUAGAUUCCCGGUUUAUUAAGCAGGAGCCAGAAGAAAACCUCCAGCAGCCUUGGGACGUUCAGUGGCAGGAUUUCCUGAAGGCAAUGCAGCCCUCUCGUUCCGGACAGAAACGCGCUCAGCUACUCAGUCCUGCCCGGUCCGCGGACAAUUCACAAUCCUCGUUUAAGGAAACGGCUGAUUUGAAUCAGAGGCCAGGGAGAAAGAGACUAACCCAGAUUCUGCCAAGCCCCAUCAAAGAUUGCCGAGACUUCAUCUCCACAGUGAGAGUGAAGGAAGAAAUUUUGGAGAUGGAAGAAACCUUUGCCUCCGAUUUGGAGCGCCAGCAGUUCAGGCAGUUCUGCUACCUGGAGGCUGAAGGACCCAAGGAGAGCUUUUUCCAGCUGCAGGAACUCUGCUGGCAGUGGUUGAAGCCCGAGAGACGCACCAAGAAGCAGAUUCUGGACCUCUUAGUCCUGGAGCAGUUCCUGGCCAUUUUGCCCCCAGAGAUGCAGGGCUGGGUCAAAGAGGGCAAGCCAGGGAGCUGUGCCCAGAUGGUGGCCCUGGCAGAGGAUUACUUUCUGCGGGUGCAGGAGGCUGAGGGACUGCAAGAGAAGUUACUUAAUAUAAAUAAACCAGCAUUUUAUCAUCUCUUACGCUGCGCACAGAAGUAUGGCAAAGCCAAAAUUCAGCAAAGAAUUAGCAGCCUGAAAACAUUCUUGGACUGCAGUCUAAGUAGAGAAAUUACACAGGGAGUAAGCCCCUAG